GGGCGGAGAGGCGGAAGAUGGCGGUUCCAAGGUUCCGCACGCCGCUGCAUGGGCACGUGGGCCGCGGCGCCUUCAGCAAUGUGUAUGAGCCCGCGGAGGAUACGUUCCUGCUGCUGGACGCGCUCGAGGCGGCAGCGGCCGAGCUGACGGGGGUGGAAAUAUGUCUUGAAGUAGGGUCAGGGUCUGGAGUGGUAUCUGCAUUCCUAGCCUCCAUAAUAGGUCCUCAAGCUUUGUACAUGUGCACCGACAUCAACCCUGAGGCAGCAGCUUGCACUCUGGAGACAGCACAAUGUAACAAAGUCCACAUUCAGCCAGUAAUCACAGACUUGGUCAAAGGCUUACUACCAAGAUUGAAGGAGAAAGUUGAUCUUCUGGUGUUUAAUCCCCCCUAUGUAGUGACUCCACCUGAAGAGGUAGGAAGUCACGGAGUAGAAGCAGCUUGGGCUGGUGGCAGAAAUGGUCGGGAAGUCAUGGACCGAUUGUUCCCACUGGCUCCGGAUCUUCUGUCACCAAGAGGAUUAUUCUAUCUAGUUACCAUUAAAGAAAACAAUCCAGAAGAAAUUUUGAAAACAAUGAUGACGAGAGGUCUACAAGGGACUGUUGCACUUUCCAGGCAAGCAGGCCAAGAACUCCUCUCAAUCCUCAAGUUCACUAAGUCCUAACUUAUAGUGUGUGAUGCGUAUUAUGCUGGACAUGUAUAUAUUGAUAAUAUAUAUUAUAUUGAAUAUAUAUAUGAAUAUAUAUAGAGAGAGAAGCUGAAUGUAUUUGGCAUAUUUGAAACUGAAGUCAUUUCUUGGUUAACAAGGGAAAUUAAGUGAAAUUGUCAGGUUGUAUAGAAAAAGGUGGGGAGGGUACAGCAUUCUUUUUUACCUAAGUAAUCAAGCCUAUGGAAAUAGUUGCAUAAAUGCUAGUAAAUGCAUAUAUAUUAUACAUUAUUUGCAUUUUAUAUAUAGAACCAGAACGUGAGUGAUGUAUCCAGCCACAAACAUGAGUCAGGUCUGAAGGUGUUCCUCUUGUACCAUUGAAUUAAACAAAAGCAAAUUACAAAACAGUAUAAUUCUGUAUGUAUAAUUUUGAAACCCAGUGGAGAGGGUGUGUGUGUAUGUGAACAUAGGAACGUCUCAGAAGCUAAAUGGCAGGAGGGAACAGGGAACUCUACCCUUUUAUGGUAGCAUUUACACAAUGAUAACAAAUGGCUUGUAUAAUUUUAAAAAGGUUUUCAUUUAAAAUUUUUUUAAAUUUACUUUAACUUGCUCAUUGUCUCCAUUCUAUUUCUGUUAUAUAGAAUGCCUUCUGCCUCCAUGUUUCUCCCUGAUCAUAUUUUUCCUAUCUUUUAUCCUUUAUCAUAUAUUUCUGUUUUCUUCUUGUCUAUAUGUGUAGGAUCAGAGUGAGCGGAGUCUAGAAUUUAUUUUUAAUUGGGCUACAUUCAGAAUCAACUGGAGAAGCUUUUUAAGAUAAUAAAUUCCUAAGCGCCACCAUACACUGGUGGAAUCCUCUGCUGAACAGACCUAAAAACUGCAUCUUUUAAAAUGUGCUUCCCAGUGUUCCUUAAGGUAAUGCACCAAAUCUUAGAACUAUUGUUUUAAAUCGCAUUCUUAUUUAAUGCUUAGGACAAUGCACAGAAAGAGUGGAAUUACCCUCCUUUGAUGUUCAGAAAGGUCAAAUAACUUGUUCAAAGAAGCACAGUAGUUACAGAAUAAAGCCAAGUAUGGCAGCAUUCAGACACAGAUCUGACUUCCAAACACUUUUUUUCAAUUUGCUUAUACUGCUUUCAGCAGUAAAGAUGUCAAAAUUAGUAUUUACUUGAAUCUUAUAUCUGUAAAUAUAUUCCCCUUCCCAGAAACAGUCAUCUGAAAUGUUACAAUUUAAAAAAAAAAAAAAAAAGGUUAAAAAAACUUAGAACUUUAUUGUGGGUUUUUAGUUAUAAUUUUGGAGAAUGGGGUCUUGAAUAUUUUCAGAUAAUGUUUGAAACACUGCAAAAUCAGCAUAGAAGACUUCUAUCAAUAUAGGAGAUUAAAAACCGUAGAAAUGCUACAUUAAAGACCCCCAAACUUAACAUGCCUAGCUGUUAAUGGACUAAAUUGUGUUCCCCCCCAAAUUCACAUGUUGAAGUCCAAACCUCAAGGUGAGUGUAUUUGGAUGUGAAUUACUCAAAGAGGUAAUGAAGAUGAAAGGAGGCCAUCAGGGAGGCCCUGAUCCAAUCUGACUAGCCUCCUUUCAAGAAGAGAUUAGGACAUACAGAGAAACCAGGGAUGCUUGCACACAGAUGAAAACCAUAUGAGACGCAGUGGGAAGGCAGCCGUCUGCAAGCCAAGGGGAGAGACUGCAGAAGAAACCCAACCUGCUGACGCCUUGCUCUUGGACUUCAGCCUCCAGAACCGUGGGAAAGUAAAUUUCUGUUGUUGAAGCCACCCAGCCUGUGGUCUUUUGUCAUAGUGGCCCUAGCAGACUCAUAGAGUAAUUAAAGACAGGGAAAUACGUGCUUUCUGCAAACAGGAGAAAGCAGUGCUAGUGUGAAAGGGGAAUGCUGUGUCCUGGUGGUCAGUAACUGUGGCCCGGAGCCCUCAGGAGGAGAGGUGCGCAUUCAGCUCUCUGUGUUAAGAGCGAGCUAUCAAGGGGCGCUUGGGUGACGCAGUCCUUAAGCGUCUGCUUUCGGCUCAGGGCGUGAGCCCCACAUCAGGCUCCUCCGCUGGGGGCCUGUUCCUCCCUCUCCCACUCCCCCUGCUUGUGUUCCCUCUCUUGCUGGCUGUCUCUCUGUCAAAUAAAUAAAUAAAAUCUUUUAAAUAAAAAAAGAGCGAGCUAUCAAAUACAGGAAGAAAGAGGACCUGUAAAACCGCAUCACUUCGCCCAAGGGAAGCAGCAAAAAAACUGCUUGUACCUUGAAUGAAAAGAAAAAUAGUAAUAAUCUAUUACUAUUAUAGAUUGUGCUACCCUCUGUUGUAGGAUUUAAUUCAUACUGUCUAUGUGAGGUAGCAACAUUAACAUAAAAUAAUUAACAUUAAAUGUAAACCGUUGAUCACCGAGAAGCUACCAUAAUGAGAGCAGAAAAAAACAAGAAAACAAAAAAAAACAAUUAGACACCUAAGGGAUAUAAACAGUGGAAUUAUUAUAUUCAGAUUGUGGAAUGUUUGACAUGUUUAAAGGAUUAACAUAAAGGAAAGCUCACAAGAAGAAACUGGAAAGAACAAAUUGAAGUUGACUUUUAAAAAUGAGAAAUUGUUGGGGCGCCUGGGUGGCACAGCGGUUAAAGCGUCUGCCUUCGGCUCAGGGCGUG